CAAACCCUGCGCGUUGUCUCUGCGCUCGGAAAGAUGAACCCCAAACUUCCCUACGUUCUCCUGGUCGGGGCUGCAGUCGUAAUCUUCGUUCUCUCCUGCAUGCUGCUGAGCAGGGGCAGGCGAUCGCCCAGCUGUGAAUCCCAGCCCCACAUCGUGGAGAAGACAGGCUCCACGAGCCAGAGCCUGGUCUUUGCCGAUCUGACGCCCGAAGAGAUGGCGCAAGUGGUGCGGUACCUGCGGGGAAACCUCGGGGUGCAGCUGGUUGACGCCUCGCGUGCAAAACCUUCCGACAACUGCAUCGCCUCCGUCGACGUGCAGGUCCCCGCCAAGGCAGAGGUGCUGCGGUUCCUGGAUGGCGGGGGGGCUCGCCCCCCCCGGGAGGCGCUGGCUGUGCUGUACUUUGGGAACCAGCCAGACCCCAACGUCACCGAGUACGUGGUGGGUCCGCUGCCAACGCCGGUGUAUCACCGGGACGUCACGGUGCAGAAGUACGGGGGGAAGGUGCCGUACCACCGCAGACCGAUGCUGGGCAGUGAGUACAAGCAGGUGGGAGCGUUCUUAGAGAUGAUGGCGUUUGCUGCAGCCCCAACCUUCCUGAAAGAAGUGUUUGAAUACGAUGGCACCAACAUGGCAUUUCAGACCACAGCCCCUCACGGGUUCCAGUCUGGAGACCGUAAGUCCUGGUUCAUCAUGUUUCAGAACGUGAGCGGGUUCUUUGUGCACCCGGUGGGGCUGGAGGUGCUGGUGGACCACAGCAGCCUGGACAUCUCCCGGUGGGCAGUGAGCAGGGUCUUCUACAACGGGCAGUACUACAGGGACAUGGUUCAGUUAGAGAGCGCCUACGUGCAGGGUCGCAUCAGCGUGGAGAAGGUGAGGAAGGUGCCGCAGGAUGGGGACUUCUCGUCCAUGAAGCCCCGAGCGCCUUCGGCCGCGCUGUUCCCUUUGCAGUACGAGCCCCAGGGUCCCCGCUACAGCGUCAGGAGCAACCAUGUCCUCUUCCAGGCGUGGAGCUUUGCCUUUGGGAUGAGCGUGAGCCGGGGCCUGCGCCUGUUUGACAUCCGACACAAGGGGGAGAGGGUUGCCUACGAAAUCAGCAUCCAAGAAGCGUUGUCGGUGUAUGGCUCCAACUGCCCUGGAGGGAUGUCAACGCGGUACAUGGAUGGGAGCUUUGGCAUCGGGCGCUACACCUCCCCCUUGGUGCGAGGGGUGGACUGCCCGUACUCGGCCACCUAUGUCGACACACACUCUCUGUCUGAGACGCUGAGCCCCAGCAAGAAAAAGGCUUCCCUCUGCAUCUUUGAGCAGAACCUGGGCUCCCCGCUCAGGCGCCACUACUCCAACUUGCAGUCGCUCUACUACGGGGGGCUGGUCAACUCCGCUCUGGUCGUUCGGUCCAUUGCGACCGUGGGCAACCAGGACUACAUCUGGGACUUCAUCUUCUACCAGAACGGGGCCAUCGAAGGCAAGGUCCAGGCGACGGGGUACACGAGCUCGUCCUUUCUCCACGGGGAUGGUCUGAGAUAUGGCAAUAGGGUUUGGGAGCACACGCUGGGCACGAUACGCACCCAUUCCAUCAACUAUAAAGUGGACUUGGACGUGGGAGGGGUGAAAAACUCCCUGGUGGCCCACGACAUGGCGUUCGAGAUGACACGGGCUCCCUGGAGCCCGGAGCAGCAGAUAGAGCGGCCACGACUCACCAAGAAAGUCCUGGACACAGAGGACCAGGCUGCCUUCCGUCUCCAGUCAAAGAUGCCCAGAUACAUCUACUUUGCAGCCAACAGCAAAAACAAGUGGGGCCACCAGCGUGGUUACAGGAUCCAGAUCACCAGUUUUGCGGGGGACCAUGUCCCAGAAGCCAGCUCCAUGGAGAGGGCCAUCAGCUGGGCGAGGUACCAGCUGGCCGUCACCCGGCGGAAGGAGGAGGAGCCCACCAGCACCAGCAUCUACAACCAGAAUGACCCCUGGACACCCACCGUCGCCUUUGCCAACUUCAUCAACAACGAGACCAUCACCAACGAGGACCUGGUUGCCUGGAUAACCACUGGUUUCCUUCACAUCCCGCACUCUGAGGAUAUUCCCAACACUGUGACGGUGGGAAACUCGGUCGGCUUUCUCCUGAGACCCUACAACUACUAUGACCUGGACCCUUCCAUAUACUCACACGAUGGCGUAUUUUUCACCAGCGAGCAGGACUUCACGGCGUGUGACAUCAACCCUAUCGCAUGCUUGCCCAAAACUGCCUCUUGUUUGCCAAACUUCCCCCCGUUCACCUAUGACGGUUUCCAAAAUAUGAGCAGGCUUUAACGCCACAGGACAGUGUUAGGAGACACAGUCUGAGGCACCAGGUUGACUGUUCUGUCUCAGAUUUUCUUUUUUUUUUUUUUUUUCAGUGAAGUUGUCUCAAUUUCCAUUUGUGCAGUGACUUCACUUUUUAUCAUUGCUUUUAAAAUAGUGCUCGUUAAAAGGGAAGCAUAAUCUUCCUGGCAUGAUGCCAGAUGGGGGUCUGCGUUAUCUCUGUUAAUUGCUGAAUUUGAGUCUGUUGCAGGAGGAAGGCGAGGAGAAAAGCCUGUUCCUCUGCUGUAGAAGCAAGCUCUGUGUAGUGCCUAUCUCGGGUUAAAAAAAAAAAAACGAA